UUGUGUGUUUUCUUCUGUCUUUGGUUGAUUUUUUAGCUGUAAAGGUCCACACACCACACUAUUGCCCACAAAAACGACCCCUUGGUUUCUUGACGUCUCUCUCUUAUGUGACUUUUGAUUUGAAUGAUGAAUAAAAAUUGUUUCUUCUUCUUCUUCUUCUUCUUAGAAUUUGCUUUUUGUUUUAAAGUUUUCUCCUUUUCUCUUCCAUUUUAUUAUUAUACUCUCUAUGGGUUUGGUAGGAUUUUAAAUUCUUUGUUUUAAUUUUCCUUGUGAGAUGUGAAAGUUUCAAUUUUGAUCAUAUUUCUGUGAGUGGAAUUGGGUCUUUUCUCUCUCUGAGGCAUGUCACCUGUUGCUAAAGUCUCUGAGUUUCACAGAGAAGGGAACGAUUGGUUUUGCAAGACAGGACUGUCAAGUGAUAUCACUGUUGUUGUUGAUGAUGUGAAGUUCCAUCUUCAUAAGUUUCCAUUGGUUUCAAAAUGUGGAAAGCUAGCAAGGAUGUAUGAAGAUUCUAAAAGCACUGAUAAGCAAUCUCUCUGGACAACAGUCCUUGAAGAGUUCCCUGGUGGUGCAGACAAUUUCUUGAUAGUUGCGAGAUUCUGUUACGGGGCUCGAGUAGAUAUCACCUCGAAAAACUUAGUUUCCAUACACUGUGCAGCUGAGUACCUUGAAAUGACAAAUGAAUAUGGGGAAGAUAACUUGAUUUCCCAAGUUGAAACUUUUUUGCACAAGCACGUGCUUCGCAAUUGGAAAGACUGUAUCUUGGCGUUACAAAGCUCUAGUCCGGUGUUGAAGAGUGCAGAAAAGCUUCAGAUGAUACCAAAACUCAUGAACGCUGUGUCCACAAUGGUGUGUACUGACCCGAGUUUAUUUGGAUGGCCAAUGAUGAUGUAUGGUACAUUGCAGAGUCCAGGUGGAAGCAUUUUAUGGAAUGGAAUAAACACGGGGGCGCGAAUGAGAAGCUCAGGUUCGGAUUGGUGGUAUGAAGAUAUCUCUUAUCUUAGUGUAGAUUUGUUUAAAAGACUCAUCAAGACAAUGGAAACAAAAGGUAUACGUGCUGAAAGUUUAGCCGGCGCUAUGAUGUACUAUGCGAGAAAGUACUUACCGGGUUUAGGACGGUGGCAGAGUGGAACAAGUGACAGUAGCAAAAGCAGAAGAAGAGUAGUGAGUUUUAAUUUGGCAAAAGCUUCUUCACCAUCCUCUAUGCCUCCUCUUGAUCAGAUUGCUUUGCUUGAGACCAUUUUAAGUCUUUUACCUGAAAAGAGAGGAAGAUCUUUUUGUAAGUUCUUGUUAGGUCUCCUUCGUGUUGCUUUCAUUUUAGGAGUUGAUGGGAACUGUGUAAAGAAGUUGGAGAAAAGAAUAGGAAUGCAGUUGGAGCUAGCAACGCUCGAUAAUCUUCUGAUUUUGAACUAUUCUGAUUCAGAGACGUUGUACAAUGUAGAUUGUGUAGAACGAAUAGUCCGCCAUUUUGUAUCAUCAUUGUCAUCAUCAUCCUCACAGUUACCUGAGUUCUCUCCUCCAUCUUUGGAUCCAGUGACAUCUCCUUCUCCAGCACCGUUAAAAAAAGUGGCGAAUCUAGUAGAUAGCUACAUGGCAGAAGUCGCUUCUGAUGUGAAUCUGAAACCGGAUAAAAUGCGGUCUCUUGCAGCAGCUCUUCCAGAAUCUUCAAGACCGUUGUAUGAUGGUUUAUACAGAGCGUUUGAUAUUUAUUUCAAGGAGCAUCCAUGGCUAUCAGAUAGAGACAAGGAACAACUAUGCAACAUCAUGGACUAUCAAAGACUCUCUAUAGACGCUUGCGCUCAUGCUUCCCAUAACGAUAGGUUACCGCUUAGAGUUGUUCUCCAAGUACUCUUCUUUGAACAAAUGCAUCUCAGAACCGCUCUUGCAGGUGGUCUAAAUGUUGCAAACACCGAAACAGCUCAUGCAGUGACGAUCCCUGGUGGAAGAACAGGACAGGAGAUAGUUCAGAGAGAUGGUUGGGUGACUGUUGUGCGCCAAAACCAGGUUUUGAAAGUUGAUAUGCAGAAAAUGAGGUCAAGGGUUGGAGAACUAGAAGAGGAGUUUCAGAGUAUUAAGCAGGAGAUGAAGAAGAGAGUUAGUAAGUCCUCUAGCUCAAUGAGCUCGCCUCGUCUGGUCAAGCUCGGCUGUAAGUUUCUUCUUCCACGAGCUUCUGAUGCUAAGAAUGAUACAGUCCAGAACUCAGUGUCCAGCACUCCUAGAUCAGCUACCGCUGACCAUACACUCCCUCGUUCCUCCCGCCAUUCCAAACACCGUAAAAGCUUCUCUUUCUUCGGAUAAUCUUCAUUCAAAAACAUUUAUCUUCCUCUCUUCUCUUAAAGCCCAACACAGAGAAAGUUCUUUCCUGAGGCAUUCCCUCGAAGAAGUUUCUCUCUUUUCCCGGGAAAACCAACAACAGAAACAUGUUGCUUUGUAUGAACAGGAAAAGGGCCCAAGAAUAGAAGCUGGCCAUUUGAAGAAGAAGAUGAUCUCCUGCUUCGGUUUCGAGUAUUUGCCGCGGUUUUUCUCCCAAGGUACAUACCAUCAAAGUUGAUAGAAUUUCGGAAAAGACUGGCCUUAUCGUGGUGGUUUUUUGGGGUAUUUAUAUACACGAUCAAAGUAAAUAACAAGAUCUAGUAUCUAGAGAUAAAGAAAAAAGAGUAUAAUUCUUGUCUGAUUUGAUAUGUUUGUGUUUGAAUAUUUGUAGAUGUCUUGUAAGUACUAUCUGUGUGUAAAUCUUUUUUCGUUUUGUGGAGGUUACUGCUUUGUCAAUAUAUAGAAUCUGUUUUGCUUAGAAAACUACAUUGUUACAGAUGAUGUUCAAGGAAAGAUUACAAAAUCAGAAUCUUAUCUAUCUCUAAGGUGUAACUUAAUUG